GUUUUAAUACGGACAGUUUAAAUAUCUGUAUGUUGGGAAAGAAUUGAGGUCUCGAGUGUCCCCGCGUACUUUGAUGCGCUCCACAAUAGCAAGGCCUGUGAACUACCGGCAGAUUGAUGAGUUUUCUUGCCAGUUAUUGUGUUAUGGUGAUCUCUUUAAAAGUUAAUGGUCACUCCUCUAGUUAAAAAGCAGAUGGCCUUAAAGCAAGUUUCCGGGGACGCCCCAGUGGUUAAAAUGUCUUGCGGUAUCCUUUUCUGGUUUGAUCCAUGGGGGAAACGAUUAAAGGCAAAUUAAAUAUUUUUAAGAUACACGUAGGGAGGAAACUCACAAAGUUUACAGACACAAACUAGAUGAACUCACCAACCUCCAGACACUCUGCAGCAACUCUGUUAGCAAGCAGAGGAAAAGUCUGAGGGAUCUGAAUUACAAUCUCCUCAGAUGUUUGAAAACAAGUGACCCAAAGGAAUCCGAGCAGAUAAAAGCCAUACAGACACAAAUCAAAGAGAAGCAACAUGUCUUCUUUGAUAUGGAAGCAUAUUUGCCAAAGAAAAAUGGGUUGUACUUAAACUUGGUCCUGGGCAAUGUGAAUGUAACUUUACUUAGCAACCAAGCAAAAUUUGCCUACAAAGAUGAGUAUGAGAAGUUCAAGCUCUACAUGACCAUCAUCCUUCUGCUUGGAGCCAUAUCCUCCAGGUUUAUACUCAAUUAUCGGGUUACUGAUGAAAUAUUCAACUUCCUGCUCGUCUGGUACUAUUGCACUCUGACGAUCCGGGAGAGUAUUUUAAUAAACAAUGGGUCCAGAAUAAAAGGUUGGUGGGUAUCCCAUCAUUACGUUUCGACGUUCCUGUCAGGUGUGAUGCUGACCUGGCCGGAUGGGGUGGUUUAUCAAAUGUUCCGGAAUCAGUUUCUCGACUUCUCUAUCUAUCAAAGUUUUGUACAGUUUCUGCAGUAUUACUACCAAAGUGGCUGCCUGUAUAGACUACGGGCUUUGGGGGAGAGGAACCAGCUUGACCUGACAGUCGAGGGCUUUCAGUCCUGGAUGUGGAGGGGACUCACUUUCCUCCUGCCCUUCCUCUUCUUCGGCCAUUUCUGGCAGCUCUACAAUGCUGUCUCUCUCUUUGAGCUGGCCAGUCACAAAGACUGCAAGGAGUGGCAGGUACUGAUGUUGGCACUAACCUUCCUCGUCCUUUUCCUCGGGAACUUUCUGACUACACUCAAAGUCGUCCAUCAGAAGUUCCAGAAGAAUAAAGGGAAACUGGGAAAAAAGGAGUGAAGCCUGGCUUCGCCAUAGAGUGGCCAUGUAGACAAAUGGAGCAAUGCGGAUUGGUUUAAAAAAUAUUCAUUUUAAGAAGGGGUAGCAGAGAGUUUGUGGGGUCCUUUUCUGUUGCUGUUCAACUGAUAGCCAAGGAAAAGCGUGGAAACAAACGCCUCCGUACUGCAGUUACACCGUAGGAAGGGCUGGCUUCUCUUCACGGUUAUUUUUUAAAAUUGUUUGUAUCUCUUUUCUGUUGACAGCAAGUUGGCUCUUGUUAAUUCAUGUGCACGCACAAGGCCAUAUGGAUCAUAUUGUUGCUGUGUGAGUGUGUGACAGGAGGGAUGUUUUUUUUUUUUUUUGGUAUUAAACAUCCUCAAAGCAUUUGGAUGUAUGACUGAAGACAGACGUCAGUGCUGUCACGGCGGAGAAUGCCUCUUGGGUGAUUCGUAUGAACGUGUAAGUCGCCGUCCAUUCACCUGUGGCUGCUCUUUGUCCACCAUUUAAAUGGUGAUUUUGCUGCUCUGGAACUGACAGGACUUUUGCCAGGUUUGGUCCAUAUGCUUAUUUUAUGUGUGUAAUAUGUCAACGUAGUUAUUUUCUACUCACACUUAUUCUUAGAUUUGUUUUUUUUUUUGAAGGACAUUUUGGUCAGUAACAUCAGAGAAAGUGAAACGUGAAACUAUUGUCUGCCAUUUUUGGGAUAAGGCCAAUCUGAUAGUAGGUAUUGGGCAAACAGUGUUUAAUAAGGUUGGUUCCUGUUUGACCUUCGUAUAGAGCUGGAUGUUGAAAUGGUACAGAAAUGGACUGGCAAUUUGGCUCGAAAGUUUUUUGUUUUUUUUUUCUCUUUACCACUAUGGUGCCCAGUGUCUUGGGUUACAGUUCAGGAUGUUCCCAGUCAAGGAGACCUGGCGCAGAUCAGAGGUUAGAGGAAGCAGCCUCUUCCAUCAUUGCUGUCAUAAGUAACAUUUUGUUCUCUGCUCCUGCUGCAGUUUGGCGCCGCUGCUUAUCUGAGUUUUAAAGGAGACUGUUGUUCCCAGGUCUGUGGAUUUGAUCAUGCACAACCAAACAGACGGACAUGCGGUGUUAAGGCUGAUUUUAUACGCCUGAGUAGAAUCUCCAACAUUGGUAGCUGCGUACUGUACGCCGUAACCCGAUACCUGCGUUAACAUUUCUGGAGAGGUGUGCAUCUGGCUGUCUGCUGAAAUAUAAAUCAGCCUUCAUGUCCUUGUUGACACAGAAAUGCACAAUGAGUCAAUACAGUUUGUAUAUAAUGGACUCCUAAUGAAUUAGGGAGGAUGCAUAGCCCAUAUGGGAUGAGAUUGCUGUGCGAUGAUCUUCCCAGUUUAACCUGAUGGGAGGUAGUAGAAUAACCGGUCUGAGGCAGGCAAAACCACAUCACUCGCCAGCUCCAGAAAAUUACCAGGAGUCAGAGCUUAGGUGAUAUUCAACCACUGACUCUGCUGUUUGGGGAAAAAUGUCUGCAUGAUUUAUUAUUUUUUUUUUUUUUUUAAACAUUGGCUUAUGUGUAACCUGUCCCUAGCUGCAUUGAACACCAAGUCCCAUAAAUACACUCCCUUGCAGCUCUGAGUGACUUAUUACAUGUUAGGUUGAAUUUGAAAGCUCCUGGAUUGAACACUGUUUAGACCUUCAUCUGUCUGAGCAUAAUUUCUGUAACACCAUGUAAUGGCAUGGCGAUACUGAAUAAAUGUAGGGCUUUUAAUUGCCCUGUGUGAUUUACCAACACGUGAGAAAUAAAACAUUGCUGAAAUGUC